AUGGCAGACGGCCUCAACAGUACACGAGCGAUGCGCAUCGUCGAGAUCAUGUCCGACUUUCGCGAAAUCCAAAGCUUCCUCUCCAACAUUCGCGCCAGCCCUUCCGCGGAAGACUACAACGCUCCCGGCUACGUCGUGCUGCGUCGAUGUGUUGCGCAAGCAGAGGCAUUACUUGCCCAGCCGUUCAGCGCCGACACUUCGCCGUAUGGAGAGGAUGACGAGGAUAGAGCGCAAUUGCAACGCAUCAUUACCGACGCCGCAGUACGCCGCUUCAAAGCGAAGAAGAUCGCACUGUACAGCACCGCUGCGCUGCGAUGGAUUCAGUCGAGACAGAUACUGCAAAGUCAACUACCAGAACCUCAACUUACGGCCGCGCUGCAGCAGCUUGAUAACCGGUUAGGUGCGGAAUUGUCGGCCAUUACCGACGCGCGAGUGGAGCGGAUGAUGCGCGAUGCGGAUGUCGAGGAGGGCAAAUGGCUGAAUGAGGACCCGAGUUUGGCGGCUAUCCAGCAUUUGGUGGGCAACGUUAACGGCCAUAAUUGA